CCGAGUAAAGGUGCGAAAGGAACUGCUUUGUCCCUUGGGGAUGAACAAUGUGAAGUGACACGGAAUGGCUACGAGUCCAAAGAGCUGGUGUACUUGGUCCAAAUCUACUGUCAGGGCCGGAGCUGGAUUGUGAAGCGAAGCUAUGAGGAUUUCCGUGUCCUGGACAAGCACCUGCACCUCUGUAUCUAUGACCGACGCUUCUCCCAGCUGCCGGAGCUGCCCCGACUCGACAGUCUGACGGACCAGUCAGAGUCAGUUUCACAGAUGCUAUUGGCUUACCUCUCCCGGCUAUCAGCCAUCGCUGACAACCAGAUCAACUGUGGACCUGCCCUCACAUGGAUGGAGGUUGACAACAAGGGGAACCAUCUGCUGGUCCAUGAGGAGUCAUCUAUCAAUGUGCCAGCCAUCGCUGCUGCCCAUGUAAUCAAGCGCUACAACGCCCAGGCUGCUGACGAGCUGUCGUUUGAGGUUGGUGACAUUGUGUCUGUGAUUGACAUGCCCCCCAAGGAGGACACCACAUGGUGGAGGGGCAAACACGGCUUUCAGGUUGGCUUCUUUCCCAGCGAGUGUGUGGAGCUGAUAAACGACAAAGUGCCGCAGUCCAUGACCAACUCAGUGCCAAAACCAGACUUGGAGAUGGAGAGUGUUAAGCAGGACAGUACAUGGGUGGCCGACCCGCUAAACCACUACAGCCUGAGUUCAGUGUCUAAGAAGCACGGAAAACUGAUCACAUUCUUGCGCACCUUCAUGAAGUCGAGGCCCACCAAGCAGAAGCUGAAGCAGAGGGGCAUCCUCCGCGAGAGGGUGUUCGGCUGUGACCUGGGGGAGCACCUGCUCAACUCGGGCCAUGAUGUUCCUCAGGUCCUCAAGAGCUGUACAGAGUUCAUUGAGAAGCAUGGUGUGGUGGACGGGAUCUACCGCCUCUCUGGAAUUGCCUCUAACAUCCAGAAAUUGAGGCAUGAGUUCGACUCAGAGCAGAUCCCUGACCUGACCAAAGAUGUGUACAUCCAGGACAUCCACUGUGUGGGUUCGCUGUGCAAGCUGUACUUCCGAGAGCUGCCCAACCCCCUGCUUACCUACCAGCUCUACGAGAAGUUCUCUGACGCUGUAUCAGCAGCGACUGACGAGGAGAGACUCAUUAAAAUCCAUGAUGUCAUCCAACAGUUGCCUCCACCACAUUACAGGACUCUGGAGUUCCUGAUGAGACACCUUUCCCACCUGGCCACCUUCAGUUACAUCACCAACAUGCACAGCAAGAACCUGGCCAUCGUGUGGGCUCCCAACCUACUGAGGUCAAAACAGAUCGAGUCGGCAUGCUUCAGCGGAACAGCAGCCUUCAUGGAAGUCCGUAUCCAGUCAGUGGUGGUGGAGUUCAUUCUCAACCACGUGGACGUUCUCUUUAGCACCAAGCUCAGUUCGCUCAUACGAGACGGAGCAGGUCAUAAUUCACUGUCACGCCCCAAGUCUUUGCUGGUGUCUUCUCCCUCCACCAAACUGCUGAGCCUGGAGGAGGCCCAGGCCAGGACUCAGGCUCAAAUCAAUUCCCCAGUCACGGAUGAUAGCAAGUACAUUGAGGUGGGCGAGGGUCCUGCCGCCCUGCAGGGCAAGUUCCACACAGUCAUCGAGUUCCCCACUGAGCGGAAAAGGCCUCCCAUUAAAUCUAAGAAGUCCCCAGUGGGUAGUUGGCGCUCUUUCUUCAACCUGGGAAAAUCUUCUUCCAUGUCCAAGCGAAAACUGCAUCGCAACCCCAGUGAGCCCAAUGAGCUGAAGGCUAUGGCUCUAGCUGGAGGAAGAGGAGACACUGGAACGUUGAGAUCCGCCAAGAGCGAAGAGUCACUAACUUCCCUACAUAAUGUUGAAGGGGAGUCAAAGGUGUACCGUCCACGGCGGCCACGCUCCAGCAGCGAUGCCCUGUCCGCCUCCUUCAACGGCGAGCUGCUGGACAGUCGGCAGCACUGUAACUCUUACGAUAACCUGGACGCCACAGAGGAGAGCGACGGGGACGACGGCCCCAUCUGCGUGCCCGCCCUCAUCUCCCCGCCUCGCUCAGCUGGCGAGGACGUAGACCUCAGCCCUCCUGACAUCGGCAUGGCCUCCCUGGACUUUGACCCCAUGUCCUUCCAGUGUAGUCUCCCUGACACCUCCUGCUCCUUCCCUCUGGAGGAGUCGCCCUCUGGAGCUGAGGGCCCCAGCCUAAAGAAGAGCUUUGGCAACACGGAGGGCAAUGCCAAUGGCUCCAAGCCCCUCAAGCCUUCCUCUUUGAGCAGCAUUACAGGCCCACUGCUGUCCUCUGACCUUAACCAGGCAACUGGGGCCAAGGUGGAGAGCAAGAAGCUGACCUCUUCCUAUUCUUACAUAGAUAAACCCAUGCAGGCUGUGUCACCAAUUAAAUGCACAAAGUCUGCCAGUUUAGCGCCACUGGUCAUUCCAGAGCUUUUCUCUAUGGAGAUACCUGACAAAAACACGAAAGGGCAGGGUGUAACUACCCAGCCUACGCCCCCCUCCUCUUUACCCAGGGACUCUCCUCCCUUCAUGGGUAGUGUCCUGCUUAGGACAGCUGAGCCUUCUCUGAGUGAAGCCUUCCAGAUGGAACUGCACUGCAAGCUUGCUGCCUUCGACAAUGUGGACAGUAGAGAACCAAAAGGAAAAGAGGAUAAACGGCAAGAGCCGGUUGCUAGCAGCAAGGAACAGCAAGUCCCCCUCUCAGGAGUCGUACCUCUGGAUUCAUCAAAGGACCCCUCAUCCCCUGGCUCCGUGACCCCCCUCUUCUCUGCCCCCAGUUCUGUGACCCCCCUCUUCUCUGCCCCUCCCCCUCCCCCUCCUAAGAACGCUGCCCGCAUGCUGGCCCUGGCCCUCGCUGAGUCUGCCCAGCAGGCGUCCAUUCAGUCCCAGAGCAGACCCUCCGAGCUCCCCACACUGGAGUCACUAGUCCAGCCAGGGCAGCCCCUAAACAUCCAGGACACCCUUCCUGUCCUGCACCCACAGCUUCAGGCUACCUCUGAGGAGGGAGCUGGAGGGGGACGCUCCCAGAACGCAAAUGCCCCGGCCUCUUAUCCCUCUACUACCACCCCACCGGGCAGCCAGCAGCUGCCCAAGUCAGCCGGCACAAACUUCAGGCCAUCCAACCGUGCCAAGUCGCCCACCACCCCACCUGGAACCAGACAGGAGACGGAUAUCACCCCACCAGCCACACCCCUUCACCAGAGUGGCCCGCUCCCCAGCUCAUCCAGCCAGGUUUCUCCAGUGCGGAAGAGUCCAAGGGGGCAACAGCCGGUUGUAGCUCAGGUAUCAUUUAGUACUAGCAUGACCAGUACUGCUUCAACCACCACCACCACAACUGGCGCAAGGAGCUGCAAGGAAACAGGUCUCCUACAACAACCUGUUAUUGAGGUCAAGGCAGAAGAGGCGGUACCACCCCCAACCCUUCCAAAACCCACAGAGCUGCAGGCUCAGACCACUCAACAGCAUAAAAAGCAGGCUGUCUCACCACCUCAGCCACAAACGCAAACUCCACUGCAAACUCAGUCCCGAGCUCAAGUCCAGUCUGAACCGCCGACACAACCUCAACCUCAAAUCCAGCCCCAUCUCCAGCCUCAUGUGCAGUCUCAAACACAUGUCCUCCCUCAAACACAAGCCUCACCCUUACCCCAGUCUCAUUCACACACAAAGGCAAGUGCUAGGGUGGCCCCUACUUCAGCUGAGCCUGUUGAGAAGCCUUGGGAGGCCAUAAAGCCUGUACAGCCCUGUAUAGAACCCAUAAUUCUCCGUGACCCUUAUGGACCCACACCUCCAACACCUCCUGUCCGCACUCUUGAGAGUAAACUGGCCACUGCAGCCCUCAGCCAAGCUGAGGUGAACUUCCUUGUGCUGGCAGAGGGCUCUACGCCAGCCCCCCUGGAAGAUGCUCUUCCUCACCAUCCUCCAUCACCUCGCAAAUCUUCCAGCCACCCAUCAGCCUACCCGUACCACACCAAAGGAGAUACAGUUUUAUUUGAUCCUCCAGGGUCUGGCUACUACCACCAGCGGCACAUUCCUCUUGGACCACAGUCAAUACCACAGCACUACCGACCAGACAGCGUACCUCCACAUCACUCCUAUGUGUCCAAGUCUGAGCCUCAGAUACCUUACAGCGCCCGUGUAGACAACCACUACAGUACUCUGGGCCCCAGGUCCUACCACCACUCCAUGAAGACCCGCAACCCCAGGACCAUGUACAUUUCCCCUGGGACAGGGCAUCAAGGUCAGGGUUACAGUACCAUUGACAGAGCCCAUGGCUACCCCACCAUCCGCAGAGUACACUCACUCCAUGUCCCCUCUACUAUUCGCUCAGUGCCCAUCCAGCGGACCGAGGUCCCUCCAGAUGAUGAAAUGUUCUUUUACCAAAGGCCUACGUUCCAGUGCAAGACUUACCAGCAGCCUCAACAGCAGUCCUCCCAAGCAGACUACCACGUCACCCAGCUACAGCCUUAUUUCGAGAACGGACGGGUCCAGUACCGCUACAGUCCCUACUCAGGUGCCAACCCACUGGAGGCCCCCUUUUAUGAUGUGGACCCUUACGGCACCAUCCGCCUUCGCCACCUGCACUCUCAUGGCAGUCGAGGAGAUGUGGGAGCGAACGUCGGCCGACCUGGGGGCAAGGCGAGCGGCUACCACUAUCUGGCAUGUCAUGUUCUCCCACCUGGGAAGGAGCACAGCUUUGUGAGCAGGGACAUGCCCCCAGGUCACGGGCCCAAAGGAGCUGCUGUCUACGUUUCCUGGGACCCUGAGGAAUCAGAACGGCUGCGCAUGCACUCAAUUCGCAGGGAGAGCAGGGCAAGGCAGAAGAUUAAGGGUCCUGUCCUGUCUCAGUACGACAACGUGGGCCUGUUCACACCAGUGGAUGUAGCUGGCUAUGAAACGCUGCACUCGCGCAGUAAAUCUGACCCAGGCAAAGCUAUGCUGAUCCCAUCGGAAAGCAAAGAUGGGCGCUAUCUCCCCAGGCAGCUGGUGUCAGACCCUGACAUCCUCAUGUAUAUGGAGACCGACAAGCUCAGCCAGGGCAACACAGUCGGCGAUAAGAUGGACGGGGUUGCCAAACAAAGCAGCUCCAAGAAAUGCCAAUCCUCACACUCCCUUCCAGCAACUCAGAGCCACAGUCUUUCCCAUCAGCAUGACAGCAGCCGGCACGAGGCCAAGUAUGACUUUGGAGAGGAGAAGCUGGGCGGAGACGGCAGCAGAUCUAAACACUGGCAGCAAGAGUAUCUCAACAAAAGGAACUUCCAACCGCGGUACGAGCGCCCCGAACCUGACCACCAACCGAGUAAGGCUAAAAUAUCUAGUGGCUACCACAGCACAGAUGAACAGCCGCCAGCUCCCAGAGAACAGAAAGCCCGUUCGAAGCCAGAGCGAUCCCACAGCGUUCGAGAGCAGCAGCAGCAGCAGCAGCAUUAUAGCCAGGGCACCCCUGACCUGGACAGAGACUACUCCUGUCAGAAACACGGCACCAAGUCGGCGCAGUCCCACUACGACAACUUGGACGACUACCACCCAAUACCUCAGCCACAGGCCCCUGUUCAAAAACGUGGAGGCCCGAGCUCCUUCCCCGCCCCUGGCUUCUCAGUGGCGCCCACCAACAGAGCGUACUCCACAGCCUUGGGCCAGGGCGCCUUUCUUCAGACUGACUUGGCCGUCCAAAGGCCAGAGACAGAAAUCCGUACAGAAUGAAUGGAUUCAGGUGGGAAACGUGUGAGAAAGUCUCUUUAGCUGUGUUAAAGAAAGCAGACGAUAGCCUCCUGAGCUAGCGACGAGCAGCCUCUGCAGGACAGCGGACUGUCAUAUGGCCAUUAUUUUUGUUUCUCUGUAUUUUUAACGAAAUUGUAAAGAAAAUCUUUAGAGACUUUUUACUGAAUGUACCAGAUAUUAUUGUCCAAGAGGUCAUGUUGUUUUGAUUGAUUGAGACAGUAGCCAGUCAUAAAUACGAUAUUAAAGAUGUUAGUUACACUAAAGAACAACCACAGACGUGUAAAAUAUACCUACGAGGAUAGAAUCACUAGUUAAAAGGGAUUUUUCUUUUGUUUUUGUGGAGGUCCGGCGCCGGGGUACGAGCAUUAACUGGGAUUAAUGUUUGCAUUUUAGAAAUGCAUGUACUCUUUAUAUCUCUUACAGAACAGUUCUGUGUACUUGUACAAUAUCCGUAGUGUAUGUGGAUGUUACAGCACAAGACUUCGUAGGAGGAAAUCCGUAAAUCAUCAUGCCCCCCCCCCUGCACACACACACACACACACACACACACACACAGACACACACCUCUGUGUACGCAACAACGUGGUACGACGUGUCAACUUGGUUGUUAAAUGUCCGUCAUUCGGGGUCGUGGCCCAAGAGUGCGAUGUCGAGGUGGUUACGGAGCUGCAAGGGUUACUUUCAAUUAAUAUAGUGGUUAUUAAUGUCUUAUUUACUCUGUGACUGUGCCAUUUUUAUGUAACUUUGCUAUAUAUAAAAAAAAAAAAAAGGAGUUGGGUUCUAAUCAGACGUUUUGGUACUUGUUUGUUCUUCAUUGUCGGAGGGACCAAGCGGUUUGUGGUCUGGGCUCAGCGUAGUGUUCUUCUUGCACACGGGGGAUUACGAGGGGACGUUUGACUAUAACUCUGGGUGUGUAAGAGGUUAUUUUGAUUUCAAUUGGUUGUUGUUAUUUUUGUUGUUGUUUUUUUUGUUUGUUUUUUUUUUCUCUCCAUUUUCAAAGAACUUUACACGAAACUGGAAAACCUGAAUAAAGUUACCUGGAAACAC